AUGGAGAUAGAAAACAGCACAGUUGUGACAGAAUUUGUUCUCCUUGGCCUGACACAGUCUCAAGAUAUUCAGCUUGUGGUUUUUGUACUGAUCUUAAUUUUCUACCUCAUCAUUCUCCCUGGAAAUUUCCUCAUCAUCUUAACCAUAAGGUCUGACCCUAGCCUCACAGCACCACUCUAUUUCUUCUUGGGCAAUCUGGCCGUCCUGGAUGCAUCCUACUCCUUUAUUGUGGCUCCAAGGAUGCUGGUGGACUUCCUUUCUGAGAAGAAGGUAAUUUCCUACAGAGGCUGCAUUACUCAGCUGUUUUUCUUGCACUUUCUUGGAGGAGGGGAAGGGUUGCUUCUUGUUGUGAUGGCCUUUGACCGCUAUAUUGCCAUCUGCCGGCCUUUAUACUAUUUAACUGUCAUGAACCCUACAGCCUGCUAUGUAAUGGUGUUGGCUCUGUGGCUUGGAGGCUUUGUUCACUCCAUUAUCCAGGUGUUCCUCAUUCUUCACUUGCCCUUCUGUGGUCCAAACCAGCUGGAUAACUUCUUCUGUGAUGUCCCACAGGUCAUCAAGCUGGCCUGCACCAAUACCUUUGUGGUGGAACUUCUGAUGGUCUUCAACAGUGGCCUGCUCACCCUCUUGUGCUUUCUGGGGCUUCUGACCUCUUACGCAAUUAUACUAUUCCAUGUCUGCAGAUCUUCUUCCGAAGGGAAGAACAAGGCAGUGUCCAUAUGCACCACUCACGUCAUUGUCAUGUUUCUUAUGUUUGGACCUGCAAUUUUCAUUUACACUCGUCCAUUCAGGGCCUUACCGGCUGACAAGGUGGUCUCUUUCUUCCACACAGUGAUAUUUCCAUUGAUGAAUCCUAUGAUUUAUACUCUUCGAAACCAGGAAGUAAAAACUUCCAUGAAAAAGUUAUUGAUUAGGCAUAUGGUUUGUUAG